UCUGUAUAGCUCACAUUGGUCUAACAUGAAGGUUGUAUUUUCUCCACCUCCCUCGCAUGUGUAGCCCACCCCUGAUUGUAAAGCUGCUACCCCCACCUCUCGUCCCCACGGUAAUACCGAGAUGGAGACAUAGAGAGAUACGUCCAGCGGGUGGACAGCUAAUCGACAUCACAUCCGUGGUCACGUUAUAGAUGAAAAGCCGUUGUUAUUGAGACAGAUCUCGUCAAGGGUUGAACUGAAUCCUUGAUGGCCUUAAAUUGUGUAUUUAUUUUCCUCAAGGUCUAAAUCUUACCGUUUUCUUUGGUUUCUUAUUUUUCUGAUUUUUUUCCACCGCCACCCUGAAGUUCAUUGUUGUCAUCUUGGCCGCCGGGAUGGUGGCGUUUAUCGGAGCGGUUAUCUGCAUCAUCGCCGCGGUCCACAGCGGAUCUCCGCCGGCUUCAGCGGCGGGAGCGCAGCCGCUAGCCGACAACCAGUCAAUGUCUCGGCAAGGAAACGUGAAGAUGUUUCCCGCAGGCUCCGUAGCCCGGGCGGGACCGCUGAACGCUCUCCAUGGUGCUGAUGCGACCAGCCGAGAGAAUGGGGGACCCGAGGCGCCCACUUUCUACGGCUUAACCGGGAUAGCGACCGGAGGAAGCGAACAGCAGCUCACGUACAGCAGACUCAUCUGCACCCCUGUCCCCGCCGGCGAGUGCAACCCCAAAAACUUUCAGCAACAAGCGGACGACCCGUCGUUAUAUGCGGGAGAGGACUGGGGUUAUCUCCGCACCACAGCCAAUGAGCUCCGGCAGACGGUUCUUCAGCAGAAAGACGAGAUCUUGGCGGAUCAGAAGACCAUACGGGAGCUCACGGGAAAGCUUUCGGAAUGCGAGAGCGGCUUGAAGGGACGAAAGGUCCCGGGACGUCGGGAUACCCCAAAAGAGCAGAAGGACCAACUCAUGAUGCAGGACGAUGCGGGGCACUCAAUGCGCACGGAUCAUGCGGUGGAAGGGCUGGUGCAUGCCAUAACUCAAAUGACAGACCGCAUUGAAAAACUGGAGUCUGAAAUGACACCGCCAGCGUUCAAUCACACAGACAGAAGCUCACAGAAAACAUCAGGUGCCGCCCUCAAGCCUUCGCGUGGCCGUGUGGCCACCACACACAGACGAAUGGAAGAUCUUGAAGGUGAGCUGAAGAGAAAGAUCAAACUGCUGGAGGAAGAGAGGAAGGUUCUGCGCAAAGAGACACAGAAACACCGGGAACAUAUUGACUACGGACUGGAAACUGUAGAGCAGCGAAUAAGCAGCCUGGAAAAGGGCCUCUCGGACAACGCGUUUCCGGAAGGCUACCGUCUCUCAUUCCCAGUACGGGGCAGCUCUAUGUAUGCUGUGUUUAAACAGAACAUUCCCACCCUACACGCUUUGACUGUCUGCAUGUGGAUCAAACCUACCAAGAGCAUCAUGGGAACAGCGGUUUCUUAUGCUGUUUCUGAACAGAGCCACGAGUUUGUGCUUCAGCAGCUGGUUCACGGACCCAUCGAACUCAUCAUUAAUAAUGAGGUGGCACUGCUGCCUCUUAACCUAACGGUGGGCAGAUGGCAGCAUAUGUGCGUGAGCUGGAACCGAAGGGCGGGAGUGUGGCAUGCCUACUUAGAUGGCAAGCUAAAGAGUGAAGGGAGUGAUCUGGCAACCCGCCACAUCAUCCGACCAGGAGGAACUCUCAUACUUGGCCAAGAACAAGGCUCCAUGGGUGGUCUUCGUUUCGAGGCUUCCCGGGCUCUAGUGGGGGAACUGUCUCAGUUUAAUGUGUGGGAUCACCCACUUUUACACACAGAGCUCUCUGCUAUCGCCCACUGCAGCAUGGGAAUGCUGGGUAAUGUGGUUUCCUGGACAAGCCGGGAUGUGGAGGUUUUCGGAGGGGUCACCAAACAACCGGCCGAUCAUUGUGACCACAGCACAAGUGUGAGGCAGUGACCAGAUCCUGAAAAAUCAUAUUACUGUCUGAAAGAAAAGGACAGGGGGUUAGAGAUGACAAACCCAUGCUGACAUCAAACAUGUAUGUAGACUUCAAAAAGUAAAUGUUUUUUUUGUAUUAUAACUGGUGCUUACUAAGGCAAGUAUCAGUAUUACUAUUGCGUGUAACCUUAAACAUUCAGUUUUGGCUCAUAACUUUUCCCACACCAAUUUUGCUAUAGACAUGACUGAUACCUCAAACCAUGUGGCUUGAGGCUUUU